GUUGAUUGAUUGCGUGUAAUGAAAAUGGAGAAUGUUUUCAUAAAAUUGAAUUAUUUAUUUCGUCAUUCAAUUCAACAAGAAGAGAAGAUAACAUGACAUAACACUGGAAAAAUGUCAGAAAUAGAAAUUGCAACCACUGCUAACUCAGAAAAUAACAAUGACGAAUCACAAAAAGUGGAAGAAUCAGAACCGUCACCUGUCGGGGAUUCUAAAUGUGAUAUGCAGGAAGUAAACAAUGCAUCUCGAGAUGAAUCGGAAGCUGAUUUAUCAAAUACAAAAGACAAUAACACUUCAGAAAAUCAAGAUAAGAAAAGCCCAUUGAAGAGAAAUGUCAAAUUUUUUGGUGAUAAACCUGUGUCUGGUUAUCUUGAACCUCCAGAUCCUUGGAAAAAUGCACCAAGUUGGACUUCAGAAGAUCUAAUUAAUUCAUACAAAGACAGCUGUAAAAAACACAACACCAAGCCUAUUGCCACUAUACUUAAUCAGUUGCAGGGAAUAGAAAAUGUUGGUGAACGCUAUGCAAUCCUGAGUUUGAAAGGUGAAAAACUUGACAUGAAGAAUGUGGAAACUUUGGAAGAAAUAUUUAAGUUUGUUCAAUUUCAGUGUGUUGAUUUAGAGGGAACCCAUUUAGAUGAGGAGACUUCAGUAGCAAUAUUUGAGAUGAUAGAAUAUUAUGAAAGUGCUUGUAAAGUGAAUGUUUCCUUCAACAAAGGUAUAUCCAUAAGAGGGUGGCAGUCCUGUGCCAGAAUGGUCAGAAAGACUCCUGCUUUAACAUUCCUAGAUGCAAGAAGCUGUGAUAUCAAUGAACGAUCACUACCUAUUAUGGGGAGAGCCCUAAGAAUGGGCUGUUUCCUGAAAAUACUCCAUUUAGAAAAUACCUAUUUGUCUGGUCGAUCUUUGGUCAUACUUGUUGCAGCUUUGAAGAUGAAUGAUGUUCUUAAAGAACUAUUUUUAGCUGACAACAAGUUAAUGCCUACAGAUGGAAUACAGAUAGGGAGUCUUCUGAAGUAUAAUCAUGUACUAGAGUUACUGGAUCUCAGAAAUAAUCCUUUACAGGACAUAGGCAUUACACAUGUAUGUGAUGGUUUAUAUGAACAGAAUUUAAACCAAGGUUUAAAUACUCUGGUUCUGUGGAAUAAUCAGCUAACCUAUCAAGGCAUGGCAGCCAUAGCUAAAGCUCUUACCUCUACACAAUGUCUAGAGACUUUAAAUUUAGGACACAAUAAUAUAACAAACGAAGGAAUACAUCAAAUGAAGGAGGGACUUCUACAGAACAAAUCUUUAUUACGUCUUGGUCUACAAGGAACUAAAGUCACUUGUGAAGGAGCAGUAGCAUUAGCAGAAGUAAUAGCAGAUAGUCAGAAUUUUUUACGGAUUGAUUUGCGGGAAAAUGAGAUAAAAACAGCUGGCUUGAUGGCAUUAUCGUUAGCUCUUAAAGUCAACGAUAUUUUACAUCGCUUGGACUUAGAUAAAGACCUAAAGAAAGAAACUGGAAUAAAAGAUUAUGCAGAUCAACAGAAAAGAUUACUGCAGGACAUUAACAAAAAGUUAGAGGACAAUCGAGAAAUGUUUUACAAAUUAGAAAGAGAGAAAAAUUUAGAGAAAGCCAAAGAGGCUAAAGAGCAUGAUGAUGAGGAAUCAGAGAUGACAUAUUUUGAGCAUUGUGAUAAAGUUAGGCGGCCUAGUUUAUUAUGUAUGCCAGACUGUCCACGUGAAGUUACUUUAGAUUCGCCACGUUGUAUAGAAGAACCUGUUGCUUACAUUCCAUUUUCGGCUCCAAACUCUGUUAUAACAACUCCCCCUGGGGAAUUACUUCUGAGCCCACAGUUCUGUCCCUCUGUAAAAGCCCGUAAAAUAUUCACAGUAACAAAAUGUGCUCCCCAUCCUUCUGGUUUAAGUAUAUCUUCCAUACGACCACCAGUAGGGGAACAUCCGAUGGCACUAUCUUCCGCAACGCCAGUGUUACCGUUACAGCCAGUGCUAAUAAACUCAUCCAGUGACAUUCCAAAUAAUUCAGAUAUGAUUAACAGUGAUGGUGAUAAAAUCACUAUAACUUCAAUUCCAAAAAUAGAACCGUUGACUGUUUCUGAUGUUACUAAUGCUCUUGUAAAUGAAAGUGUAAACCAACUUCUUAACCAAAUUAUCUGUGAUGACUCUACAAAAACUGGUUCUACAAAAGACUCAGAUGUUUCAGAGUCUACAGACACAAAAUUAAGUACUGUAAGUGUUGUGACUACUGACAUGGAUGCAAAUGGCGAUCAUAGUGAAAUAAAUGUGCAAUCAAACAAUGACGAAAAUCCUAUACCAAAGAAUUCAGAUUCUGAAGAAAAGAGCAAUAAAAAUAAUUUACAGAAUUCUGAAUUAUCUGAUGUUGUACUAAACAAUAAACAGUUAAAACAAUUUGCUACAAGGGAAACUGACUCUGGUGUGGGGAGCUACGAUUCUGAACAGUGGACUAAUGUUGAAGAUGCGGUCAAACCUAAUUUCCAAACUUCAUUGACAUUAAAUGGAUUAACACAAGAAAUAGCCAAUGCUAUUGAAGGACUUGAUGUCGCUCCUGGUAAUUCACAGUCAUCUUGUAAUGGACUGACGCAAGAAUUGGCCAGUACCAUGGAAGGAUUGAAUGUUCCAGCCAACCAUUCAGAAGGUAGUGUAAGUCCUGAUGAUUUUGAGAGAGAACUGGAUGAAAUGUUAGCAAAUGUUAAAAUGUCAUCUAACAUAAUCCCCGAUUUUGUGGAAAUGCCGCUGUUUGAAGCUUUAAGUUAUAGCAGUGAUAAAAAUGUUGUCAUUUUAGACAUCGGGGCUGUAUAUACAAAAUGUGGUUUAGCAGGUGAGAUUGGACCAAGAUGUAUUAUUCCUUCUGAAGUCAAGAAUGAAAAAACUGAAAAGAUUGUGAAAAUAUGGGAGUUUAGCAGUACAGAGGAAUUAUAUGAGAAUCUCAAAAAUUUUCUAUUUCAAUUGUUUUUUAGGAGUUUAUUGGUAAAUGCUAAAGACAGAAGACUGGUAGUGUGUGAAUCCAUACUUUGUCCUUCCCAAGUGAGAGAAACCCUAGCCAAAGUUCUCUUUAUACAUUUUGAGGUGUCAUCUGUUAUGUUUGGAGCUGGUCAUCUGUUGUCUAUGUUGACCUUGGGGACCAACACUGGUUUAGUUAUUGACCUUGGAUACUCAGAAACAGUUGUUGUACCUGUAUAUGAAGGCAUUCCAGUUCUCAAAGCUUUACAGGCCAUACCUGUAGCUGGCAAGGCAGUACAUAGGAAGAUAGAAGAUCUGUUAAAGGAAACCGCUAAAAUAACUGAAGAUGGACAAGAUAAACCUGUUUCAGAAGUUCCAGAUUGCUUAACUGAAGAACUUUUGGAAGACAUCAAAGUUCGCUGUUGUUUUGUGACAAAUUUAAAAAGAGCCAAAGAGAUACAUGAAGUGACAGUGAAGGGAGAAAGUAAAGACAAGUUACCAACUCCACCUCCAAGUGUAGAAUAUCCUCUGGAUGGAGGUAAAAUUCUACAUAUUUCUGGAGAAAUAAGAGAGCACAGUUGUGAAGUUUUGUUUGAACAAGAUAAUGAAGAAGUCUCAGUAUCAACACUUAUAUUAGAUGCCAUAGUCCAGUGCCCCAUAGAUAUGAGGAAAGCAUUAUCAGAGAACAUAGUUAUAAUCGGUGGGACAUCAAUGUUAGCUGGCUUUCAUCACAGACUUAGGGCAGAACUUUAUGAUUUGUUAAAGAAACCAAAGUACAAGGAUAGCUUAGCCAUUAAAGAAUUUAGAUUUCAUCAAAUGCCAGCGAAACAAAACUACGCUGCUUGGCUUGGAGGUGCCAUGAUGGGAGCAUUAGAGACUUUACCCAGUAAAUCUGUGACCAGAGAUCUGUAUAUUAUAAAUGGACAUUUAACGGACUGGUGUUCUAUAUCACAGGAAAAACAAUGAUUUAUUCAGAUUAUUCCUAUUCAAUAUUAGUGCAAUAUUUUGGUGGUUGUUGAUGGUGCAUCAGUGCUAACUGUUUAUUAUUUAUUUGACCAAUUGAAUCAUGUAGACUGAAGAAACCUGCUUAUUUAUCAUUUGAAGCUGUAUAAUUAGCAUUAUAUGUAGUACUUUUUAUUUAUGACAUAUAGCAGGGACAUAUGGAAUUGGGAGUGCAUGUGGCAAUUGAAAUGUAAAGUUCGACAAAUAUGUGUAAAGGUUUCAUUUUUAUUUCAAACUGUUGAUUAAUAAAUGAUUAUGAAUUCCAAAAUGGUUGAUCCCCUUGCUUCAACUAGCACAGAUAAUCUGGUGUAUUAUAUCUUGGAUCAGCCCCAAUGUAAAAAGAUGUGCUGAAACUUCAGCUUAUCUGGACACUAGACUCAAUAGAAUUUUUGUGUAUCACUUAUAAAUGAAAAAAAAAUAAUUGUAUCAUUUGAUUGGUAACCAUAAACAACUGAUGAUCAGUCAAGGUCAUAACAUUUUACAUAGCAGUCAAUGGCAUUAGUAAUAAUUAGAUGCCUUUGAAGAACCAUUGCAAUUCACCAAAACCACAAUUAUUAUUUGACAUACAAGACUGUAGCAAUCCUAUAAAAUGGAGCAUAAUGUAAUUUUGAAGGACUUUAUUAGAGAUUUUGUCAUGAGUAAAUAAUCAUUCAAAAAUUAUUUUUUUUUAAUAAAAAAGUAUUCCAGAAACUAAUGAAAGCAAACACUUUUAAUGUAAUUAGUUUUAAGAAUAACUUUAUACAAUUUCUUAUAUUUGUUUGUGAAACUAAAUUUUAAACGACAUGGAAACUGAUUUUUGAAGAGACAUACCUCUGUCUUACAUAUAUAUUGCCCAGGUAUUCUUUGGUGUGAUUUUAUUAAAGAAAAAAUGCAUACUUACUGUAUACUUAUCACUUGUGUCUUCUGCAUCAAGUUUAUCUUCAGUUUGCAUAGCUGUAUGACUCGUCAGUGGUGUCUUACUAAUUAAAGAAUGAUAGAGACAUGAUACACAUGUGUUGUUAGUUCAAUAAAUGAAUUUAUUGUUGAAAUACAAUUUAAAGAUGUCAGUACUUGAAUAUAGUCAAACUAGUUUUAACAUACCCUCUGUAUAGCCAAUCACUGCCUAUAUAUGUAAGAUUUAAAAUAAACCCAGUAGUACGCUUGUUUAAUAAGGCCACAUACUUAUCUUUGCCUUGGUAUCCUGUAAUCACAGGCUUGACUAUUUUGAUAUAGAUUUUAGUAACUGCUGUAAUGAAGAGAGGUUCAUAACAAUACCCAGUCUUAUUCUAGGAACUUAAACUUAGUUGAGACACAUGAUAUAUGUAUAUAGAAAAGAGUAGAGAUAAAGUUUAGACAAUAGUCAGUAAUAAAUUGAAAAGUAAAAAUAAAGAAUAGCCAAUGGUA